AAGCAAAACCAUCUCACGGUUUGCUCAACAUUCAUCAAAACAAUCAAGCACAUUCAAACAGCAGUUUCAGUUUUCAUCAUCAACAAUAUGAGUUCUUCAUCAUCAGCAAGGAGAGCAUGGAUAGUGGCAGCAAGUGUGGGAGUUGUGGAGGCCUUGAAAGACCAAGGAAUCUGCAGGUGGAAUUACACAAUGAAACUGGUGCAGCAGCAAGCCAAGACCCAUCUCAGGUCUUAUUCUCAGGCUCAUUCAAAACUCUCUUCCUCAUCCUCUGCUUUGGUUUCAAGUAAACUCAGAGAUGACAAGGCCAAGCAUUCUGAGGAGUCUCUCAGAAAAGUCAUGUACCUCAGCUGCUGGGGUCCCAAUUGAGCUAGUUCAUUAGGCCACUUUUUAAUUUUGUGGUUCUGAACAAAAUUUGUUAAUGAUUAAUCGUAACUUGUAGAUCUCUGUUUCUCUGUGAUAUAAACAAUGAAUCUCAAAGUUUUGGCAACAUUAUUUCA